GGACCUCCGGGGAACGUCAGUGGGGUGUUAAAUGGGACAGAAGUGAUGGUCAGCUGGGAGGAACCAGAUGGAAGGAUGAACGGAGACCUACAGGGAUACCUGCUGGAGUACAGCAGCCCCAAUAUGGAACAGGCUGUAGUGGACACGGGCCUCUACACAGAGCUGUCCGUCAACCUGUCCGUCCCUCUGUCUAAUGUGUCCUUCAGGGUGUGUGCCUACACCAAGGCGGGACAGGGGCCAUGGACCCCCCUACACACCCUCACCCUUAUCCCCCCUGAAAUGGGAGAGCUUCAAUCCAGAGAUACCUCCUACCAGCCGCUCUUCUCUUGGCACUGGUGGUAUGUUGUCAUGGCGAUAGCUGUUGCUGUGGCACUAGCAGUCCUAAUGGCAGUGUACGUGGCCAAACUACGGCGGAAGGAGACACGCUUUGGGUGAGUAGGCUCCUCAGUCUCCCAGGCGGAGUGUGUGUGUGUGUGUGUGUGUGUGUGU